UCCAAGUGGCAAACGUACUUUUCCAAAGGUCUGGCUGGAGAUCAAUGCUCACAAUUGAAUGGCCAAUCAGCAUGGUUGUCACGAUCGAGAUUUAAAUUGCAACAUUGUUCUUCAAUACCGAUGUCAAGAUGACAAAAACAAUCAAAAACUGGGUCAUCACUCCAUGAGAAAUGGGAAAGCUACUGAUACUCCGUAUUUUAGCAAAGCUAGCUUCACCACUCGUGCUAACAAGAACUGGUACUUAAAUUAUGACUCCACAAGCUUUGCAAGAGGCCUCCACGAAUCAUGGGAAUGGUAUGAUAAAUGUUUCAAACGACAUCGUAAUAAAGGACUUUUCGCAGCUGAUCAGGCACUGCAAGGUGAUACUAGUAUUUACACACGUCAAAAUGCAAAUGGGGCUCGUAGUGGUUACGAAUGUGCGGAGGAAAGAGAUUACUAUCCUUACUGGCACCCAACUGACUGGACUGACAUUGUGGUCUUGACUGAUAAUGAGACAAUGUGUGAAUAUUAUCACGAAGAAAGUUUUAAUACUAAAACUAAAGGAGAAUGCCUUCAGUAUUAUCCAUCGAAAACGGAUGGUUUCCAGCAUUUCUCAGUUUAUAACAACAAAAUUGAAUGUGAAAAUAAUAAAGGCUAUUGGGUUGAGUACAGCAACUAUUUAGAAGAAUAUCCCAAGUAUCAGACACAGAAAGAAUGUGAAGAUGGAGCGAGUUCUGAAAAGCUUCCUCUUAUCUGGGCCAUUCCUUACCGUUCUGAGAAUAUCGACAGCUUUACGAUGACUGGCAAUAGUGUGGAUUCAUUGAAGCGUUGUUUAGUUGGGCUUGAGAAACCGGAUUGUAAGAAAACUCCGCAUUCACGAUCAAACCAUUUGGGUAAUGGCAUUCACGUUAUUCCACUUCGUUACACCUGGACUAUUCCACAUUUCCCGUCUAAAAAUGCGCAAAGAUGCAUAUUAAGAAUAAGGUACAACAUCUCUACUGGCGAUUAUCCACCAUUUAAAACGUUCAGCAAUGAGAAUAAUGAUGCAAACCAAGGGGUUUAUUCUCCAGUCCAGAACAACCCAACAGUGAAAGUGGGUCAGGUUCAGCUACCACUACAACUUGCUAUCAACACAGCUCAAUUUGGAAGAACAUUUCAAGAUCGAUCGCAUCUAUUCAAACUAAUGCCCAGGCCUACCUCAGUUUCAGACUAUGACGUCAUCCGCAAUUUAAACGUACGCGGAAAACGCGGAAAUAUCGUUCAAGCUUUCCCUGCAGUGGAAUACGAUUUUGUUCCUAAGCGCAUGACGAUUGAAAGCACGAGUCUUUUGCACAUUCAGUGGACAGGAUCGAAUACGAAUCCCUCGGGAAACAAUGGUCAAGGAACAGCAGCUACUGAUCGAAACAACAUCGUGGAAAUGCAAGAUCCUUCCCUUAGUUACCCUAUGCCAUCAAAGAAACCAUUAACGAUGUUCACUAAUGCUGAAAUUAUUUGGUCAAGUGAUCCAGCGACAGAGACUAAUCAAGAUCUUGUUUUAAGUAUGGCUUCCUCAGGAUACUACAACAGCAUGGCGAUUUGCGAGGCUUCACCAAAACAGACUGCACUUAAUGUGCUGUUAAACAACGCCCCAGCAUCGUAUCGCGGUAUGUUGCUGAGAUUUGCGCCUGGUGAAUAUUACUACAUGUGUACACGAAAUAACGCCUUCUCUAAUCGUAGUCAAAAAGGCAGGCUUGUCGUCCGAGAAGUGCCGGGCAAAAAACUCGCUGGCAGUUAAAGCAUAUACUCUUACAAAAACAUCGUUUUUUAUUCUCCAACAACUCAUAGCUAUAGUUAAUUAAUUAAUACGCAAA